AUGGCCAUUCAGUUCAAGGUACACGCAAGAAUCAAAUCGAAAGUAAGUGAAUAUGAGUCAUCAUUUUUGGAGUUCCUGGUGGUCAAGAAGAUUACGAAUGAGCUUCCGAUGCAGCGCUUCGAGGCAACCCAGUUGAAGAUUCCAGAAAACAUCGAGCUUGCCGAUCCCGGAUUCAACGUUCCCGGUCAGAUAGACGUCCUGAUUGGAUCUGGUUUUUUCUUCAAAUUGAUCAAGCAUAGUCAGUUAAACUUGGCUGUUAACUUGCCAGCAGUGCAGGAGUCAUCUCUUGGUUGGAUUGUGAGUGGUCUGAUUCCAACCAACCAACUGGGCGUUGGUGGUUCGCUAUGUACGAUGGUAACUGAGGAUAACAUCGGUAAGUUACUUGAACGUUUUUGGCAUUUCGAUUCCUAUGACGAAGUGACGGUUCGAGAGCAUUCUUCAGAAGAUGCUUGCGUCGUUCAUUUUCUCGAGACGUAUCGACGAGAUGACCACGGAAGAUUUUUCGUUCGGCUGCCCGUCAACGACGUGAAGGAGCAGUUGGGCGAUUCUGAAAGCAUGGCCAGGAAAAGGUUUUUGGCUGUCGAACGAAGACUGGAUAAGGAUCCGAAUCUGAAAGAGCAAUACGUUGCCUUUAUGAGAGAAUAUGAAGAAAUGGGGCACAUGGUUGAAAUUACGCCUUCACCGACCGAAGAUUCGACUAAUGAUUUCUACAUUCCUCAUCUCUGUGUUUUGAAGCCAACUAGUACCACAACUAAAUUGCGGGUGGUAUUUGAUGGUUCAGCGGAAUCGUCUUCCGGAGUGUCCAUCAACCAAACUCAAAUGGUUGGUCCAACAGUACAGAACGAUUUGAUCUCCAUUCACCUGAAAUUUCGAACGUUUCAGUACGCUGUCAGUGCAGAU